AUGGCCGAGCACGGUGGCUAUGGGGACGUGCAUGUCGACGACGCAUGGCACAGUGACCACGGGCUACCGUAUGAGCUGCCGCACGUGCAUAUUUCAGUUGAGCCACCACCCGCUGGCUCCGCACCUUUGACUGUGGAAACUGACCAUCCCAUGGCUCCGGUGGCACCGCCGACACCUCCUUUGACCGAACAGGCCAUAAAAGAUUCCUCAGCUGCCGGGACGGAGGCAGCAGAUGCAGCAAUGCAGAUGGGAGCCAUGAUCAGCAAGCGGCUGCAGCGCAGGUGCUUGGCCGGGUUUGGCCUGCCUGUUCAGCUGUGUGCAUCAAUCAUUGAGACUUGCCAGGCCGCUGCUGAUCAUGCACGCUGGUCUGCGGGCACAAGCUCCACCCCGCCACCCUUGGCGCCAGAGCAUCAGGGCUUCGAGGAUGCAACGAUCGAGACUUGGCCAGCUUUGUUCAAAGCGCAAGGCUGCCACAAGGUUGCAUGUGGCCCGAUCGAUGGGCUGUUCCACGAGGUUGGUGAGAAUGAGGGCCAUCCGAUGUAUGCCAAAGAUGGCGAAGAGGAUGCCCGAGUGACAUUGUAUUUCCUCAAUGAUGACGACAUUGCCAAGAAGGGUUGGUGGGUGGGUCAGUUUCCAGGCUCUGGCACUACGUACGCUUUCAAUCCGUCGGAGGAUGUCCUUCCUCCCAUGGUGGGCUGGCGCGUGCCAUGGAACAGCCCGCUGCCAGAAGCUGACUUGCGCUUCAUCAAGACAGCCCCUUGGCAGAGGAUUAUUGGCCACCUGGCAUUGUGCCCUUGCGUUGCUGAUUCCGGUCUUCUCCCACCAUGUCACCACGCCCCUAAGCAGGAUGAGCAUCCGCUCGAUUUGGACAAGGCAAGCUUUGCCAUGCUGUUGCGUGAAUGCGAGACAUGCAAAGAGCCAUUGUGCCUGACCUUGCAGCCUCCACCGUCAAACCACAGCCACAUGCCAGAAGAGGCAGGGAUGAACCAAUCCAAAUGCUAG